AUGUCAUCUUUGAAAAAGCAACAACAAAUUUAUAAACAGCAGUCCCAAACCUCUGGUGGUAAAUUUGGACCAAAAAUGAAUCUGGUAGUUGAUAAUGGUGACUUUGAAAAGAAGCGUGAACCCUAUAUGAUCAGAAAAGUGCUAAAGUCAACGUAUUUUGAGAAAUAUGAACCAAGUAAAACAUUUAUAAAAGCUGCUAUUGGCAUAGCAAAAAUAACAAACUAUUUCACAUCCCAAUCUAGUAUACCUUCACAAUCUGAGACUAUAGACCUGCAAUUCACUGAUAAUUCAAGUGAAUCUGAAACUGAAAAUUGGUUACAAAUUCGUGCACAAAAUUUCAAAGCUACACCAGCCAAAUUCAAAGAAUUUGUUGAACAAGAAUUACUGGUUGAUAUUGAAAUUACCAGAUAA